AUGAAACUUGUGUUCUACUUUUUAUUGUGUUGUUUGGUGCUUUAUUCAUCGGGCCAUGAGAGUCUUUUUGUUGAUGAAUUUGAUUUGACCGAGGAACUAUCAACAACCGAAAUAGAAGAUAAUGAUUCGGGGUCUUUUGUUGCUUUAUUUGAUUCGGACGACGCUGACUUUGAAUUAUGUGAAGACCCCAAAUUAAAAGAAAUAGUUGCAAACUCAAAGAAAAACUUGGAAGAAUCAGGGAAUAAAAUGAAUGGAAUUAUGGGUGCUGUUCUAAAACAUACAAACACCAUUUCUAAUAUUACUGGCGCAAACGCAGGUAUUUCUGGUGUCCUUGCUGCUAUUCCGUCACCACUCACUCCUAUUUUGGCGGGAAUUUCAGUUGGAAGUGGGCAUUUGGCGCUUUUGGCGAAAGGUGCACAAGUUGGCAAAGAACUUAAAGAUACAUUUGAAAGAAAAAUUGAUAAAAUUAAUAAUGAUGAGAUAAGAAAAGGGAAAAAGGUAUCUGAUUCAUUAUUGGAUCUUGGGAAGAGAGCCGGUAAUUAUGCUAUUGACACUGCUGUUGAUACAGUGAAGGAAACAACAAAAAAUCUUGUGAAAGAUGGAGUCAAAGGAGUUACAAAAUUUGCAUUGAGUAAAGCAGCAGAAGCAGUUGGUAUAGAUGAAGAAACUUCAGAUAAACUAGCCGAAGGAACGACCUAUUUACUCGGCAGAGCGGUGAAUAAAUUGGGUAAAAAUAUGAUCGGGAUUGUGGACGAUCAUAUUGAUAAUAUUGGAAUAAAUACUAAAAACCUUAUAAAACGACAGAUAAACACAGCAACUGGAGUUGAUCUUGGUCAAGAAGAUCUGAAAGAAGUUCGAAAGUAUAAACCGAUCACAAAAAGAAAAAUAGCCAAUUUUGUUGCCAAUGAGAUUAAAAAUGCAACUUCUAAGUUAGCUGAUAAUGCGAUCGACGAAGUAGUAGAAUUUGGUGGGAAGUAUGUAAAAAAGGCUGGAGAAAAAAUAGGACUUGGAGAAGGAGUUAAUACUUUCCUAACUGAUCAAAUAAAAGGAGUGGCUAAAAUGGGGUUAAAUGUUAUUAAAGACAAAGCUACAUCUGUUGUGAAUAACGAUAUUGAUGAAGGUAAGGAAAAAAUACUAAAUAUGCUCGAAAAACACGAUAAACACCCGGAAUGA